CUUUUACUGGCAGUGCAUUUCAUCCGCCUGUAUAAUAAAGUGGAGCAUCAGUGAUGCAGGGGGAACGAGCCGCUUUGAUUUGAUCGUGUGAGGAGGAACAUAAGAUGACCAUGGAGCGCACAGGGAAGAUCAUCUUCUACGAGGAGAAGAACUUUAAGGGCCAUCACUAUGAGUGCAGCAGCGACUGUCCCGAGGUCAACUCUCACAUCCAGCGAUGCAACUCCAUCCGGGUGGAGAGUGGGGCCUGGGUCCUCUACGAGAGACCCCAGUACCUGGGCUACCAGUACGUCCUCAUGAGGGGGGAGUACCCCAACUACCAGAGCUGGAACGGCUUCAACGACACCAUGCGCUCCUGUCGCCUCAUCAGACAUCCUUCCAGUAUCCACAGGAUCCGCAUCUACGAGCGUCCGGACUUCAGCGGCCAGAUGAUCGAGUUCAGUGACGACAUGCCCAACCUGAUGGACCGCUGGCGCUACCGGGACAUCCACUCGGCCCACGUCCAGGACGGCAUCUGGGUCUUCUACGAGCACUCCAACUACAGGGGGCGCCAGUACCUGCUGGAGAAGGGCGAGUACCGGCGGCCCGCAGAGUGGGGGGCCCUUCAUCCUGCCGUGGGCUCCAUCAGACGGGUUGUGGACUCAUCUUAAAGUGCUUCCUGUUUCCCACCUUCCUUCAGUCUUUACCCUGAGCUAACUUAAUAAAAGCAAAGCAAACUGCA